AUGGGAAAGUCAAGAGACCUCUUCAAGAAAAAUAGGGAUCUAAAAGUUACCUUUCAUGCCAAAGUGGGUGUGAUAAAAGACAAAAAUGGCAGGGACUUAACAGAAGAAGAUCAGAUAAAGAAGAGGUGGCAGGAAUACACUGAAGAUCUAAACAGGAAGGAUCUUAACACCAAUGAUGACCUCAAUAGUUGGUCCUAUGAGAUGGAACCAGAAAUCUUGGAGAGCGAAGUGAGAUGGGCCCUAGGAUGAAUUGCAUAUAACAAGGCUGCAGGAGUUGAUGAAAUCCCAAUUGAACUAUUCAAAAUUCUGCAAGAUGAUGCUGUGAAAAUUCUGCUUGCCUUAUGUCAACAAAAUUUGGAAAACUCAACAGUGGCCAAAAGACUGGAAAAGGUCAGUCUACAUCCCUAUCCCAAAAAAUGGCAAUGCCAAAGAGUGCUCCAAUUAUCGAACAAUUGCACUAAUUUCACAUGCCAGCAAGGUAAUGUUUAAGAUCCUACAAGCUCGACUCAAACAAUAUAUGGACCGGGAAUUAUCAGAUGUACAAGCUGGGUUCCGCAGAGGACGAGGCACAAGAGAUCAAAUUGCCAAUGUACGAUGGAAACUAGAGAAAGCCAGAGAGUUCCAGAAAAACAUUUACUUCUCCUUAAUAGACUAUUCUAAAGCCUUUGACUCUGUGGAUCACAACAACAUGUGGCAAGUUCUUAAAGAGAUGGGAGUACCAGAUCAUCUCAUCCGCCUCCUGAGGAAUCUGUAUGUGGACCAAGAAGCCACAGUCAGAACCGAACAUGGGACAACAGAAUGGUUCAAGAUUGGGAAAGGAGUGCGACAAGGUUGUAUAUUGUCACCUUAUUUAUUCAACUUAUAUGCUAAAUACAUAAUACGUAAGGCUGGGCUGGAUAAAUCCAAAGCUGGAAUCAAUUUUGCUGGAAGAAAUAUCAAAAACCUCAGAUACGCGGAUGAUACUACUCUGAUGGCUGAAAGUGAGGAAGAACUAAAGGACCUGUUGUUUAGGGUAAAAGGAGAGAGUGCAAAAGCUGGCUUGCUGCUUAAUGUUAAAAAGACUAAGAUCAUGGUAAACAUCAGUCUUAGUUCCUGGCAAAUAGAUGGGGAAGAAGUGGAGGCAGUGACAGAUUUUAUUUUCCUGGGAUCCAAGAUCUCUUCAGAUGGUGACUGUAGUCAUGAAAUUAAGACGUUUGCUUCUGGGAAAGGAAAGCUAUGGCAAGCUUUGACAAGCUGGUAA